UGCGAAGCAAAGAUAUUCGUCGACGUAUCUCUCGAAAUACACGCGUCCGAGUCUCGUUUUUCUCGGUGGUGCGCAAAGUGGGGCUGGUAGUUAUGGUGCACGAAGCGGAUGCUUUGGAUUAAACCAGAUUUUUUUUUAAUUGCUAAUCUCGCACUUCGAAGACGGGAGCGACGGGGUUGCGGUUGCCGAAAUAUUUAGCUAGGUGGCGUUAAAAGAUGAAGUCAUAACUGCGUUCCGACAUAAGGCAUCCGAAAAGGCAAAAGGAAGAUGAAAGAAUUCUUGGCGAUCCUUUGUCUAACCUUCGUCGGCGCAGCGCGAAGCGUCGAGCCCUCCCAAUGCAUAGCGCCGUUGGGAAUGGAAAGUUUGGCGAUCAAGGACGAGGACAUCACCGCCAGUUCGUCCUUUGAUCACGGCAACGUGGGACCUCAUCAUGGAAGAGUGCGCAACGAAAUCAACGGCGGGGCGUGGUGCCCCCAAACCAUGGCGACGCCCGAUUCCAAAGAGUGGCUCGAGAUAAACCUCCACACGGUUCAUAUGAUCACCUCUACGGAGACCCAAGGAAGAUUCGGUAACGGCAACGGCGUAGAAUUCGCCGAGAGCUACAUGUUGGAGUACUGGAGGCCCAGAUUCAACAAGUGGGUACGUUAUAGGAGCAAGACGAACGGAGAACUCCUCAAAGGGAACAUCAACACGUAUCUCGAGUACAAGACGCAGUUGGACCCACCGAUAUGGGCCAGCAAAAUACGCUUCAUACCGUAUAGUAGCCACAAACGGACCGUGUGCAUGAGAGUCGAGUUGUAUGGGUGCAGAUGGUCGGACGGUAUCGUGAGCUAUUCCAUGCCUCAGGGUGACAAGCGAGGCAACUGGGAGUUUUACGAUUUGGCGUACGACGGACAUUGGGACGGAGAGAAACUCAAGUACGGGCUCGGUCAGCUGACCGACGGCCAGAUCGGACCCGAAGACUUCAAGCUCGCGUUCCACCAAGAGAACUCCCAGGGCUGGGUGGGUUGGAAGAACGACUCGCGCGAAGGCAAACCAAUAGAAAUCAUCUUCGAGUUCGACAAGAUUCGCGAGUUUAGUGCCGUGCACAUCUACACGAACAAUCAGUUCACCAGGGAGGUGCAGGUAUUCGCCGAAGCAAAAGUCAUGUUCAGUGUCGGCGGUAAACGCUACAAGGGCGAACCCAUCACGUUCGAUUACAUGGAGGACUGUAUCUUCGAGACGCCGCGCAACGUUUCGAUCAAGCUUCACCAUCGCGUCGGUAGGUUUGUGAAACUGCAAAUGCACUUCGCCGCCAGAUGGAUUCUGCUCAGCGAGGUUACGUUCGACUCCCUCCCGGUCAGCGGAAAUUUCACCGAAGAGGAGGAGAUUGAGGAGCCGGUGUUCCAAAAGGACCAAGUGCCCUUAGGGACCGAUAAUAAAAACGUAAUCAGUGCCGUGAACCCCUCGGGUGGCAUGGGACAGUACUUGGGUAUUAUAGUUGGUGUCCUCGCCGUGCUCGUGGUGUUCAUGAUAGCUAUCGUUCUCUACAUCGUAAUCCAGCAACGGCGGUACAAAUCAUCUCCGCGACCCUCUCAAGUUCCUGGCGGCUGCGACAAAGCUGCCCUCUAUAGAGAACCCAGCCUGGGACGGCUAACGAGUUCGUCCGAUUACGCUGACGUCAGAGACCCCGAGUACGCGGUACCCCUGCAACCGCCGCAGACCCCGAGGACCCCUCCGACGCUGCAGAACUUUUUCCCGAAGCCGCCGUCAGUGCCGCCCCCUCCGGAGAAGUACUACGCGGCUACGGAGAUUUGCGGCGGCGGUUUCGUGCCGCCGCCUCCGCCGCUGAGCACUCCCCCGCCGGUCAGGCUGGGCAGACAGCCGAGGUACGUGGCCAACGCUAGGACGUACGUCGGACCUUAAUUCUGUGAUAUCGAGCUGUAAGACGAGGACGGAUUUGGUCAAUAAAAUUUUGGCUCCGACAGGUGGCGCUGGCGACUUCGAAAGUAAUCCCACUUUUCCCCUCACACAAGGCUGAAAACUACCAAAUGCAUAUUCGCUUAAUUUAUUGUUUACUUUUGUAGGAUACCGUUUUUUGUCAUAACGCUCUGGCAAUGCUUGAAUUAAGACAAUCCGUAUUUGUUAAUAAAUGGUACCACGUAAGUAUUAAGUGUAUAUAUUCGUAAUUUUCGUAUUCAAAUAUUUUAAAUUAUAUUGUUUUUACGGUUUUGUACAUAUCCAUCGACAACUACGAGUAUUGUAUAUAGCCUAGUGAAUAAAAAUAUCAUUAGUGUAAA